CAGCUGAGAAGAGCCACCGAGGCAGGCAAAGGGCUGGAAGAAGGAAAGAGGACGCAGCCACAUAGCCCAUCGUUCCCAGCCUGUACAGAGAGAGUGCUGCUCAGUUUAAUGGGAGAAGAAUCCCUGCAGCUCAGGAGGAUCUGUGGGGGGAUCAAGAGAUCAUUCUGAAAGAGACCUAUAAGCACCCAGAUCUCUUUUGUAUGUCACAGAGAAUCCAGAUCACGUGACGUGAGUGAAGAAUGAGGCGUCUGUGCUCCCCAGCAUCUCUGGAGCUAUGUUUGAUGUGGCUGCUUAUGGGGAAUGUUCAGGUCUUUGCUUUCCCACUCAAAAUAAGAAGAGACCUCUUCUCUGUCAAGGAGGUGCUUCUCAAUAUGGCCGCGACGUCUUUCGAUGACCAAUACAAGGGUUGCGUGGAGUUGAUGGAGGCAGAAGUGGCGGAGCUGAACCGCACAGAGUUUGCCACCAACAGAGUCUACGCCGAUGCCUGGGCAGAGGCGGCCUCCAUGUGGAAAGAGAGAAAGGCCUCUUUCUCGGAGUCCUCCACCCUGAAACCAGAGCACGCCAUCGCCCUCAUGGCCUACACUGUCCAAGGCCGCUUCCACAAGGACUUCAACGCAGCCGUGAGGGAAGCUGGGCGCACCAGGGACGACUACCUCAACCACUUCCAUUUCAAGGCCUUCCACUUUCUCCUGACGCGAGCCCUUCACCUCCUGGGCAUCACCGCUGAGCCUCGAUGCCACAAGGUCUAUCGGGGCGUCAGGAACGUCCGCUUCACUUCCGAGCGCGCCAAGCUGGUCCGCUUUGGACAAUUCACCUCAUCCUCGCGGAGCAACGAGAGCGCUCUGCGCUUUGGCACAGAUAGCUUCUUCACCAUUGAGACCUGCUACGGCGUCAACAUCAAGAAUUAUUCCUUCUUCCCAGGCGAGGAAGAGGUCCUCAUCCCUCCCUUUGAGAAGUUCAAGGUGGUCAACUUCACCAAGGCCCAAGAGACCAACUUCAUCCAUCUUCUCUCACUUGAAGAUGACAGCAUCUACAACUGCGUGUUUGUGAAAGAGAAAAAGUGCAGGACGCAGAAAUGCCUCUUCCGGUCAGGUGGAGGCUGGAGCCCUUUCUCCGCUGAAGAUCGAGCCCCACUCCUCCUCUGGGGUCCUCUCCUUGCUGUGGGGCUCCUUGGACCUCCGGGACUCCUGUGAUUUAACAGCUGGGGAGGGUCUCCCCACCCUUUUCUGAGGGGGCCACUCCAGAAGCAGCAGCAGCAGCAGAAGAGGCCGGUUGGUGUGGCCUCCGUAGGCCAAGAGGUGGCGCUUCCUUGCUCGAUUUUACUAAAUGAGGGAUGUCCAACUUUGGCAACUUUUGAAGACUUGUGGACUUCAACUCCCAGAAUUCCCCAGCCAGUCAUGAAUGAUAGAGUUGGAAGGGAGCAGAAAGAUCACCUAGAGUAGACCAGUGGUUCUCAACCUGGGCAUGCUGGCUGGGGAAUUCUGGGAGUUGAAGUCCACAGGUCUUAAAGUUGCUAAAGUUGGAGAGCCCUGCUUUAAAGCUUCAGUUGUGCAAAUUAGGAAACGGAGAGCUCUCUGCCUUCAGAAGAGGCAAUCAUGAAACGUCAGAAUUGUUCCUAGAAGAAACUUCAGAUGAUCAUCUCCAAAAUGACUGUCUAUCACAGUGACCAGGUCGUGAAGGGAUUUAGGAUGAACCGAUAUUACGUGAUAUGUUGGCUGGGUGCUGGUGGGAAGAAACACUGGAUCUUCUGGAAUGGUCCCCCAAAGCCAGUCUCUCUGACCACAACUGCCCAAUACUUGUAUACUUGACUUGGUUAUAGAACUAACCCAUUUCCCAGAUUUGGAAAUUCAAUAAACCCCAAACUAAUCAGCCA